ACACCCAAACCCAUUUGUGCCUUUUCCUUUCUUUUCUUUUGUUCUAGAGAGAGAGAGAGAGAAAGAGUUAGAGAGAGAAAGCAUGUACUACUGCUCUCUGCUACUACUAUGGAACUUCACUAGCGCCGGAGAAAGAAACCAAUCUCUAUAAAACGCUAUAACUUACAACACACCAUCACUUCAUUAUCUCUGUUAUUCGCCGGUAAACCACUUUUUUACGUACCCUUUCUUUUUUCGGCACACUACUGGUUUUCCGGCGGUAUUUCGAAACAAAAAUUUAGACUAUGGCUGAACACCGGUUUCCCGGAAACCUGGACCCGAAGGCAGAAGAGUUCAGACCUAGAAACCCUAGCACAAACCCAACAAACCAGGUACUCUUGUUCCCGCCACCGCCACCACCACCACCACUUCCGCAGGUUUAUUAUCCGUACACAUCUCCAUACCAUCAUCAUCAUCAUCCACACAUGGGGGAAGUACAAGUGUUACCUUACGGUGACGGAAGCAUGGGUUACCCGCAGUUCUCUUCUUGUGCUCCGGCAGCGUACGUUAGCGCCGAGUCGGCGGUGGGACCGACUGCAGUGACUGUGCGAGUCCCGGCACCUGCCACGUCAGCUAUAUCGACUCGGGCGAUUUUACUGAGCUCUGUACCGUGUGAAGUGAGCGAGUCGAUUGUGAGGAGGGAAUUGGAAGCGUUUGGGGAAGUUAGAGGGGUUCAAAUGGAGAGACUCUAUGAUGGAAUCGUGACCGUUCAUUUCUAUGACCUUAGACAUGCAGAGAACGCUUUGAGGGAGAUUAGGGACCAGCACAUGCAACAACAGACCAGGCUUCGAGAUUACCAUUUCAUGAUCAGUAGUAGUAAUAAUACUACUACUAAUACUAAUAUACGGAAUUCUGGGUUUGAAGAGCUCAAUUGGGCAACCUCAUCACUACUACUCUCUCCUCCCCCAAUUCCCCCACCGGCGCCUGGACUCAUAGCUGGUCGUCCUGUUUGGGCUCAGUUCGUUAUUCCGACCACUAACUCCGUCCAAGAUGGUUACAACCAAGGAACCAUAGUAAUUUUCAAUUUGGACUCAGAGAUCACCGCCUCUAUACUCCAAGACAUCUUUCAAGCUUUUGGUCCCAUAAAAGAAUUAAGAGAAACUCCUUCGAAGAAGCACCAAAAGUUCGUAGAGUUUUUUGAUAUAAGAGAUGCAGCUAAGGCUCUUAUGGAAAUGAACGGUAGAGAAAUUAACGGCAAACAAAUAGUAAUUGAAUUCAGUCGUCCCGGCGGUGGCCACAGUCGGAAGUUUAUUAACUCCUUAACCACCACUACUACUCAUCAUCACAAGUAUUCGCCGCCGGUAGCUCGAAAACUCGGCAAUAUACCACCGCGUGCUUACGCUGCUCAAGCUCAAUUCCCAGUCAGGAAGGGAAACUCUAACAAGGGUUGUUCAAGUAGUAAAAUGGGUUCUGAUAAUGUAUGUGUUAAUGGAGGAGUGGCAACUGAUCGGGAUAGGGAAUCUCACGGCGGAGGGGCUGUUCUCAAGAGGCUUUCGAGGAAAACCCAUAACAGUAUUAACACGCAGCAGCUACUUCCGUCGUCUUCUCCUCCGCCGGCUGUAGUGCAGUCUCAACAACAGAUUCCGGUGACGGUGCUGAGGAGUCGUUCUAGAAAAGGAAUGAAACAGGGAAAGAAGUUUGAUUCGCGGUUCUUGAUUAGUGAAGAAGCUAUGACGGAAUCGAAUUGCAGAGAUACCAGAACUACUGUAAUGAUAAAAAACAUACCGAACAAGUACAGUCAAAAGCUGCUAUUGAACAUGUUGGAUAACCACUGUAUCCACUGCAACGAACAGAUUGCUAAUGAAGACCACGGCGGCGGGAACGAGCAACCCUUUUCUUCUUACGAUUUCGUAUACCUUCCUAUUGAUUUCAAUAACAAGUGCAAUGUUGGAUAUGGGUUCGUGAACAUGACUUCCCCGGAGGCAACAUGGAGAUUAUACAAGGCAUUUCAUCUUCAACAUUGGGAAGUAUUCAACUCAAGAAAGAUCUGUGAAGUUACCUAUGCUAGAGUACAGGGAUUGGAGGCAUUGAAAGAGCACUUCAAGAACUCAAAGUUCCCAUGCGAAAUGGACCACUAUUUGCCAGUGGUGUUCUCUCCUCCUCGAGAUGGGAAGCUACUGACGGAGCCACUUGCAAUCGCUGGCCAAACAACAAACAAUAAUAAUAAUAAGACAUCAUCACAACUCAUUCCCAUUGGCCACGACGAUGAUCACGAUCAUGAUCAUAAGAUAUUGGACGGUCAUGAUCAUGAGGAGGUGUCUGAUGAUCAAGACGAAGAAGACUUGGACUUUGUUGCCGUCGCUGGUGACCAGCUGUCGCUGAACAGUACCGGCUGUAGUAGCAGUCAAAACGGCGGCGUAGAGAGUGAUGAUGACGUUGAUGAAUGACCCAAAAAUGAUAUCUUUCAUUAUCAAGAAAGACAGGCAGUGAAGUAUAUUUAUGCUUAAAUGAAGUGUGUAUGUGUGUGUGUGAAGAAAAACCCUUUUACAAGAAAGAAAAGAGUAUUAUAUAAUAUAAAAUUAUCCCUAUCAAAUCUCACUCAUUAUAUGGAUAUAUAUCUCUGCCUGGCUGCCAGCCAAACCUAAUACUCAACCAAUGGGGUUAUCUUUGAGCUCCGAGCCCUUGUCUCUUCAACCCUCUCCCCCUACAAGUCUAGCCUCAUUUCUCAUUAUGAUCACAACAAGCCCAAGGCACACCAUACAAUCUCUCCCUUUCUUUCUCUCUUGUCUUUAUCUUUCUUACAGGUUAUGCUCAGAUCACGGUUAUAUAUUUUGUUUAAUGGGGUUUUAUUAUCAUAUUUCAUUGUUGUUUCCAUAGUCUUUUUCUUUUUUGGGUUGAGAACUCUUGUACUAAUUAACAAAUAUAUAUAUAUUUCUUUUGGUUUUCU